AUGCCCCAGGGCAAAGAAAGGAUGCCCCAGGGCAAAGAAAGGAUGCCCCAGGGCAAAGAAAGGAUGCCCCAGGGCAAAGAAAGGAUGCCCCAGGGCAAAGAAAGGAUGCCCCAGGGCAAAGAAAGGAUGCCCCAGGGCAAAGAAAGGAUGCCCCAGGGCAAAGAAAGGAUGCCCCAGGGCAAAGAAAGGAUGCCCCAGGGCAAAGAAAGGAUGCCCCAGGGCAAAGAAAGGAUGCCCCAGGGCAAAGAAAGGAUGCCCCAGGGCAAAGAAAGGAUGCCCCAGGGCAAAGAAAGGAUGCCCCAGGGCAAAGAAAGGAUGCCCCAGGGCAAAGAAAGGAUGCCCCAGGGCAAAGAAAGGAUGCCCCAGGGCAAAGAAAGGAUGCCCCAGGGCAAAGAAAGGAUGCCCCAGGGCAAAGAAAGGAUGCCCCAGGGCAAAGAAAGGAUGCCCCAGGGCAAAGAAAGGAUGCCCCAGGGCAAAGAAAGGAUGCCCCAGGGCAAAGAAAGGAUGCCCCAGGGCAAAGAAAGGAUGCCCCAGGGCAAAGAAAGGAUGCCCCAGGGCAAAGAAAGGAUGCCCCAGGGCAAAGAAAGGAUGCCCCAGGGCAAAGAAAGGAUGCCCCAGGGCAAAGAAAGGAUGCCCCAGGGCAAAGAAAGGAUGCCCCAGGGCAAAGAAAGGAUGCCCCAGGGCAAAGAAAGGAUGCCCCAGGGCAAAGAAAGGAUGCCCCAGGGCAAAGAAAGGAUGCCCCAGGGCAAAGAAAGGAUGCCCCAGGGCAAAGAAAGGAUGCCCCAGGGCAAAGAAAGGAUGCCCCAGGGCAAAGAAAGGAUGCCCCAGGGCAAAGAAAGGAUGCCCCAGGGCAAAGAAAGGAUGCCCCAGGGCAAAGAAAGGAUGCCCCAGGGCAAAGAAAGGAUGCCCCAGGGCAAAGAAAGGAUGCCCCAGGGCAAAGAAAGGAUGCCCCAGGGCAAAGAAAGGAUGCCCCAGGGCAAAGAAAGGAUGCCCCAGGGCAAAGAAAGGAUGCCCCAGGGCAAAGAAAGGAUGCCCCAGGGCAAAGAAAGGAUGCCCCAGGGCAAAGAAAGGAUGCCCCAGGGCAAAGAAAGGAUGCCCCAGGGCAAAGAAAGGAUGCCCCAGGGCAAAGAAAGGAUGCCCCAGGGCAAAGAAAGGAUGCCCCAGGGCAAAGAAAGGAUGCCCCAGGGCAAAGAAAGGAUGCCCCAGGGCAAAGAAAGGAUGCCCCAGGGCAAAGAAAGGAUGCCCCAGGGCAAAGAAAGGAUGCCCCAGGGCAAAGAAAGGAUGCCCCAGGGCAAAGAAAGGAUGCCCCAGGGCAAAGAAAGGAUGCCCCAGGGCAAAGAAAGGAUGCCCCAGGGCAAAGAAAGGAUGCCCCAGGGCAAAGAAAGGAUGCCCCAGGGCAAAGAAAGGAUGCCCCAGGGCAAAGAAAGGAUGCCCCAGGGCAAAGAAAGGAUGCCCCAGGGCAAAGAAAGGAUGCCCCAGGGCAAAGAAAGGAUGCCCCAGGGCAAAGAAAGGAUGCCCCAGGGCAAAGAAAGGAUGCCCCAGGGCAAAGAAAGGAUGCCCCAGGGCAAAGAAAGGAUGCCCCAGGGCAAAGAAAGGAUGCCCCAGGGCAAAGAAAGGAUGCCCCAGGGCAAAGAAAGGAUGCCCCAGGGCAAAGAAAGGAUGCCCCAGGGCAAAGAAAGGAUGCCCCAGGGCAAAGAAAGGAUGCCCCAGGGCAAAGAAAGGAUGCCCCAGGGCAAAGAAAGGAUGCCCCAGGGCAAAGAAAGGAUGCCCCAGGGCAAAGAAAGGAUGCCCCAGGGCAAAGAAAGGAUGCCCCAGGGCAAAGAAAGGAUGCCCCAGGGCAAAGAAAGGAUGCCCCAGGGCAAAGAAAGGAUGCCCCAGGGCAAAGAAAGGAUGCCCCAGGGCAAAGAAAGGAUGCCCCAGGGCAAAGAAAGGAUGCCCCAGGGCAAAGAAAGGAUGCCCCAGGGCAAAGAAAGGAUGCCCCAGGGCAAAGAAAGGAUGCCCCAGGGCAAAGAAAGGAUGCCCCAGGGCAAAGAAAGGAUGCCCCAGGGCAAAGAAAGGAUGCCCCAGGGCAAAGAAAGGAUGCCCCAGGGCAAAGAAAGGAUGCCCCAGGGCAAAGAAAGGAUGCCCCAGGGCAAAGAAAGGAUGCCCCAGGGCAAAGAAAGGAUGCCCCAGGGCAAAGAAAGGAUGCCCCAGGGCAAAGAAAGGAUGCCCCAGGGCAAAGAAAGGAUGCCCCAGGGCAAAGAAAGGAUGCCCCAGGGCAAAGAAAGGAUGCCCCAGGGCAAAGAAAGGAUGCCCCAGGGCAAAGAAAGGAUGCCCCAGGGCAAAGAAAGGAUGCCCCAGGGCAAAGAAAGGAUGCCCCAGGGCAAAGAAAGGAUGCCCCAGGGCAAAGAAAGGAUGCCCCAGGGCAAAGAAAGGAUGCCCCAGGGCAAAGAAAGGAUGCCCCAGGGCAAAGAAAGGAUGCCCCAGGGCAAAGAAAGGAUGCCCCAGGGCAAAGAAAGGAUGCCCCAGGGCAAAGAAAGGAUGCCCCAGGGCAAAGAAAGGAUGCCCCAGGGCAAAGAAAGGAUGCCCCAGGGCAAAGAAAGGAUGCCCCAGGGCAAAGAAAGGAUGCCCCAGGGCAAAGAAAGGAUGCCCCAGGGCAAAGAAAGGAUGCCCCAGGGCAAAGAAAGGAUGCCCCAGGGCAAAGAAAGGAUGCCCCAGGGCAAAGAAAGGAUGCCCCAGGGCAAAGAAAGGAUGCCCCAGGGCAAAGAAAGGAUGCCCCAGGGCAAAGAAAGGAUGCCCCAGGGCAAAGAAAGGAUGCCCCAGGGCAAAGAAAGGAUGCCCCAGGGCAAAGAAAGGAUGCCCCAGGGCAAAGAAAGGAUGCCCCAGGGCAAAGAAAGGAUGCCCCAGGGCAAAGAAAGGAUGCCCCAGGGCAAAGAAAGGAUGCCCCAGGGCAAAGAAAGGAUGCCCCAGGGCAAAGAAAGGAUGCCCCAGGGCAAAGAAAGGAUGCCCCAGGGCAAAGAAAGGAUGCCCCAGGGCAAAGAAAGGAUGCCCCAGGGCAAAGAAAGGAUGCCCCAGGGCAAAGAAAGGAUGCCCCAGGGCAAAGAAAGGAUGCCCCAGGGCAAAGAAAGGAUGCCCCAGGGCAAAGAAAGGAUGCCCCAGGGCAAAGAAAGGAUGCCCCAGGGCAAAGAAAGGAUGCCCCAGGGCAAAGAAAGGAUGCCCCAGGGCAAAGAAAGGAUGCCCCAGGGCAAAGAAAGGAUGCCCCAGGGCAAAGAAAGGAUGCCCCAGGGCAAAGAAAGGAUGCCCCAGGGCAAAGAAAGGAUGCCCCAGGGCAAAGAAAGGAUGCCCCAGGGCAAAGAAAGGAUGCCCCAGGGCAAAGAAAGGAUGCCCCAGGGCAAAGAAAGGAUGCCCCAGGGCAAAGAAAGGAUGCCCCAGGGCAAAGAAAGGAUGCCCCAGGGCAAAGAAAGGAUGCCCCAGGGCAAAGAAAGGAUGCCCCAGGGCAAAGAAAGGAUGCCCCAGGGCAAAGAAAGGAUGCCCCAGGGCAAAGAAAGGAUGCCCCAGGGCAAAGAAAGGAUGCCCCAGGGCAAAGAAAGGAUGCCCCAGGGCAAAGAAAGGAUGCCCCAGGGCAAAGAAAGGAUGCCCCAGGGCAAAGAAAGGAUGCCCCAGGGCAAAGAAAGGAUGCCCCAGGGCAAAGAAAGGAUGCCCCAGGGCAAAGAAAGGAUGCCCCAGGGCAAAGAAAGGAUGCCCCAGGGCAAAGAAAGGAUGCCCCAGGGCAAAGAAAGGAUGCCCCAGGGCAAAGAAAGGAUGCCCCAGGGCAAAGAAAGGAUGCCCCAGGGCAAAGAAAGGAUGCCCCAGGGCAAAGAAAGGAUGCCCCAGGGCAAAGAAAGGAUGCCCCAGGGCAAAGAAAGGAUGCCCCAGGGCAAAGAAAGGAUGCCCCAGGGCAAAGAAAGGAUGCCCCAGGGCAAAGAAAGGAUGCCCCAGGGCAAAGAAAGGAUGCCCCAGGGCAAAGAAAGGAUGCCCCAGGGCAAAGAAAGGAUGCCCCAGGGCAAAGAAAGGAUGCCCCAGGGCAAAGAAAGGAUGCCCCAGGGCAAAGAAAGGAUGCCCCAGGGCAAAGAAAGGAUGCCCCAGGGCAAAGAAAGGAUGCCCCAGGGCAAAGAAAGGAUGCCCCAGGGCAAAGAAAGGAUGCCCCAGGGCAAAGAAAGGAUGCCCCAGGGCAAAGAAAGGAUGCCCCAGGGCAAAGAAAGGAUGCCCCAGGGCAAAGAAAGGAUGCCCCAGGGCAAAGAAAGGAUGCCCCAGGGCAAAGAAAGGAUGCCCCAGGGCAAAGAAAGGAUGCCCCAGGGCAAAGAAAGGAUGCCCCAGGGCAAAGAAAGGAUGCCCCAGGGCAAAGAAAGGAUGCCCCAGGGCAAAGAAAGGAUGCCCCAGGGCAAAGAAAGGAUGCCCCAGGGCAAAGAAAGGAUGCCCCAGGGCAAAGAAAGGAUGCCCCAGGGCAAAGAAAGGAUGCCCCAGGGCAAAGAAAGGAUGCCCCAGGGCAAAGAAAGGAUGCCCCAGGGCAAAGAAAGGAUGCCCCAGGGCAAAGAAAGGAUGCCCCAGGGCAAAGAAAGGAUGCCCCAGGGCAAAGAAAGGAUGCCCCAGGGCAAAGAAAGGAUGCCCCAGGGCAAAGAAAGGAUGCCCCAGGGCAAAGAAAGGAUGCCCCAGGGCAAAGAAAGGAUGCCCCAGGGCAAAGAAAGGAUGCCCCAGGGCAAAGAAAGGAUGCCCCAGGGCAAAGAAAGGAUGCCCCAGGGCAAAGAAAGGAUGCCCCAGGGCAAAGAAAGGAUGCCCCAGGGCAAAGAAAGGAUGCCCCAGGGCAAAGAAAGGAUGCCCCAGGGCAAAGAAAGGAUGCCCCAGGGCAAAGAAAGGAUGCCCCAGGGCAAAGAAAGGAUGCCCCAGGGCAAAGAAAGGAUGCCCCAGGGCAAAGAAAGGAUGCCCCAGGGCAAAGAAAGGAUGCCCCAGGGCAAAGAAAGGAUGCCCCAGGGCAAAGAAAGGAUGCCCCAGGGCAAAGAAAGGAUGCCCCAGGGCAAAGAAAGGAUGCCCCAGGGCAAAGAAAGGAUGCCCCAGGGCAAAGAAAGGAUGCCCCAGGGCAAAGAAAGGAUGCCCCAGGGCAAAGAAAGGAUGCCCCAGGGCAAAGAAAGGAUGCCCCAGGGCAAAGAAAGGAUGCCCCAGGGCAAAGAAAGGAUGCCCCAGGGCAAAGAAAGGAUGCCCCAGGGCAAAGAAAGGAUGCCCCAGGGCAAAGAAAGGAUGCCCCAGGGCAAAGAAAGGAUGCCCCAGGGCAAAGAAAGGAUGCCCCAGGGCAAAGAAAGGAUGCCCCAGGGCAAAGAAAGGAUGCCCCAGGGCAAAGAAAGGAUGCCCCAGGGCAAAGAAAGGAUGCCCCAGGGCAAAGAAAGGAUGCCCCAGGGCAAAGAAAGGAUGCCCCAGGGCAAAGAAAGGAUGCCCCAGGGCAAAGAAAGGAUGCCCCAGGGCAAAGAAAGGAUGCCCCAGGGCAAAGAAAGGAUGCCCCAGGGCAAAGAAAGGAUGCCCCAGGGCAAAGAAAGGAUGCCCCAGGGCAAAGAAAGGAUGCCCCAGGGCAAAGAAAGGAUGCCCCAGGGCAAAGAAAGGAUGCCCCAGGGCAAAGAAAGGAUGCCCCAGGGCAAAGAAAGGAUGCCCCAGGGCAAAGAAAGGAUGCCCCAGGGCAAAGAAAGGAUGCCCCAGGGCAAAGAAAGGAUGCCCCAGGGCAAAGAAAGGAUGCCCCAGGGCAAAGAAAGGAUGCCCCAGGGCAAAGAAAGGAUGCCCCAGGGCAAAGAAAGGAUGCCCCAGGGCAAAGAAAGGAUGCCCCAGGGCAAAGAAAGGAUGCCCCAGGGCAAAGAAAGGAUGCCCCAGGGCAAAGAAAGGAUGCCCCAGGGCAAAGAAAGGAUGCCCCAGGGCAAAGAAAGGAUGCCCCAGGGCAAAGAAAGGAUGCCCCAGGGCAAAGAAAGGAUGCCCCAGGGCAAAGAAAGGAUGCCCCAGGGCAAAGAAAGGAUGCCCCAGGGCAAAGAAAGGAUGCCCCAGGGCAAAGAAAGGAUGCCCCAGGGCAAAGAAAGGAUGCCCCAGGGCAAAGAAAGGAUGCCCCAGGGCAAAGAAAGGAUGCCCCAGGGCAAAGAAAGGAUGCCCCAGGGCAAAGAAAGGAUGCCCCAGGGCAAAGAAAGGAUGCCCCAGGGCAAAGAAAGGAUGCCCCAGGGCAAAGAAAGGAUGCCCCAGGGCAAAGAAAGGAUGCCCCAGGGCAAAGAAAGGAUGCCCCAGGGCAAAGAAAGGAUGCCCCAGGGCAAAGAAAGGAUGCCCCAGGGCAAAGAAAGGAUGCCCCAGGGCAAAGAAAGGAUGCCCCAGGGCAAAGAAAGGAUGCCCCAGGGCAAAGAAAGGAUGCCCCAGGGCAAAGAAAGGAUGCCCCAGGGCAAAGAAAGGAUGCCCCAGGGCAAAGAAAGGAUGCCCCAGGGCAAAGAAAGGAUGCCCCAGGGCAAAGAAAGGAUGCCCCAGGGCAAAGAAAGGAUGCCCCAGGGCAAAGAAAGGAUGCCCCAGGGCAAAGAAAGGAUGCCCCAGGGCAAAGAAAGGAUGCCCCAGGGCAAAGAAAGGAUGCCCCAGGGCAAAGAAAGGAUGCCCCAGGGCAAAGAAAGGAUGCCCCAGGGCAAAGAAAGGAUGCCCCAGGGCAAAGAAAGGAUGCCCCAGGGCAAAGAAAGGAUGCCCCAGGGCAAAGAAAGGAUGCCCCAGGGCAAAGAAAGGAUGCCCCAGGGCAAAGAAAGGAUGCCCCAGGGCAAAGAAAGGAUGCCCCAGGGCAAAGAAAGGAUGCCCCAGGGCAAAGAAAGGAUGCCCCAGGGCAAAGAAAGGAUGCCCCAGGGCAAAGAAAGGAUGCCCCAGGGCAAAGAAAGGAUGCCCCAGGGCAAAGAAAGGAUGCCCCAGGGCAAAGAAAGGAUGCCCCAGGGCAAAGAAAGGAUGCCCCAGGGCAAAGAAAGGAUGCCCCAGGGCAAAGAAAGGAUGCCCCAGGGCAAAGAAAGGAUGCCCCAGGGCAAAGAAAGGAUGCCCCAGGGCAAAGAAAGGAUGCCCCAGGGCAAAGAAAGGAUGCCCCAGGGCAAAGAAAGGAUGCCCCAGGGCAAAGAAAGGAUGCCCCAGGGCAAAGAAAGGAUGCCCCAGGGCAAAGAAAGGAUGCCCCAGGGCAAAGAAAGGAUGCCCCAGGGCAAAGAAAGGAUGCCCCAGGGCAAAGAAAGGAUGCCCCAGGGCAAAGAAAGGAUGCCCCAGGGCAAAGAAAGGAUGCCCCAGGGCAAAGAAAGGAUGCCCCAGGGCAAAGAAAGGAUGCCCCAGGGCAAAGAAAGGAUGCCCCAGGGCAAAGAAAGGAUGCCCCAGGGCAAAGAAAGGAUGCCCCAGGGCAAAGAAAGGAUGCCCCAGGGCAAAGAAAGGAUGCCCCAGGGCAAAGAAAGGAUGCCCCAGGGCAAAGAAAGGAUGCCCCAGGGCAAAGAAAGGAUGCCCCAGGGCAAAGAAAGGAUGCCCCAGGGCAAAGAAAGGAUGCCCCAGGGCAAAGAAAGGAUGCCCCAGGGCAAAGAAAGGAUGCCCCAGGGCAAAGAAAGGAUGCCCCAGGGCAAAGAAAGGAUGCCCCAGGGCAAAGAAAGGAUGCCCCAGGGCAAAGAAAGGAUGCCCCAGGGCAAAGAAAGGAUGCCCCAGGGCAAAGAAAGGAUGCCCCAGGGCAAAGAAAGGAUGCCCCAGGGCAAAGAAAGGAUGCCCCAGGGCAAAGAAAGGAUGCCCCAGGGCAAAGAAAGGAUGCCCCAGGGCAAAGAAAGGAUGCCCCAGGGCAAAGAAAGGAUGCCCCAGGGCAAAGAAAGGAUGCCCCAGGGCAAAGAAAGGAUGCCCCAGGGCAAAGAAAGGAUGCCCCAGGGCAAAGAAAGGAUGCCCCAGGGCAAAGAAAGGAUGCCCCAGGGCAAAGAAAGGAUGCCCCAGGGCAAAGAAAGGAUGCCCCAGGGCAAAGAAAGGAUGCCCCAGGGCAAAGAAAGGAUGCCCCAGGGCAAAGAAAGGAUGCCCCAGGGCAAAGAAAGGAUGCCCCAGGGCAAAGAAAGGAUGCCCCAGGGCAAAGAAAGGAUGCCCCAGGGCAAAGAAAGGAUGCCCCAGGGCAAAGAAAGGAUGCCCNUGAUUGAUUGA